AUGAACGUCAAUGAAAUUGCACACGGUCUUAUCACAUGGGCCAAUAAACCGGUCUACGACAAGGCUUGUAUCCCUUUACCCCCGCCACCUGGUUUGCUGAGACCGAACGAGAACAUUAGUGUUCAUGUGUUACAAAAUGUCCUCAACAAAGUGAUCUUUGCGGGGGAUGAAAGAUAUGACACGGUAUUUGUCAACUCUCAGUGUCCGCCGCUCACUGAUUCAGACUUGCGAGCCGACCUUGCGAUCAACUAUACCACCGCCUCGGAUCUGCCACACACUACAUGCUUUAUCAAGGCGACGGGGACUCACCAAAGUGAAUACUAUGAUAUCUGCGCUGUCGAGGACCAGGUUCUCAACUACUGCGAGGAUUUCUUCGACAAUAAGUCUAACACCGGCGGGUUCAUAUACGCUGCUACCCUCGUCGGCGUCCAUAUACGAUUGUGGAUCGUUCAUAACCAUGACCGCAAACUAAAAGCCCUGUGGGGUGAUUCCAGUCGUGGAACUAGCAGCGAUUAUAAAGAUCUGGGCGAUUCCGCUUCUGCGGAGUUGAUUAAGAAGACCUUUCGUGACAUGUUGGAAAAAGCACCAGAUCCUUGGUUUUAUCAAAGCGGCGCCAGUAUUACUUCCAAUAUCCUGAACGGGAGCAUUUCAGCCUUCUAG